AUUGGCCUGACGCAAUGUCCUAGCGCCUGCUACCUCGCAACGGAUGAUUCAUUUGGAAGUGUAGAGAAGGCUUUAAGUUACUUAGUUUCCCAAUUGACUGAAAUAGAAGGAUGACUCUAACUCGAUCACACGUGAGACUAUCGAUUUUACGAUAGAAGUAUUGUUUGUGUAUCAUACAACCAUCCGACCAUGAAGUUGCUACAUAAAGACAUUGAAAAAGAUAAUGCCGGCCAGGUGACUCUGAUGCCAGAGGAGGCGGAGGACAUGUGGCACACCUACAACCUGCUGCAGGUGGGGGACAGCCUGAGGGCCUCCACUAUCAGGAAGGUGCAGACCGAGUCGGCUACCGGGAGUGUGGGAAGCUCCAGAGUUCGCACUACUCUGACCUUGAGUGUGGAGACCAUCGACUUUGACUCUCAGGCCUGCCAGUUGAGAGUAAAGGGCACUAACCUAGAGGAGAACCAGUAUGUCAAGAUGGGCGCUUACCACACCAUCGAGCUCGAGCUCAACAGGAAGUUCACUCUGGCUAAAAAGAGCUGGGACAGCGUUGUGCUGGAUAGAAUCGAGCAGGCGUGUGAUGCCACCCAGAAGGCAGACGUGGCGGCUGUGGUGAUGCAGGAGGGUCUGGCCAACCUGGUGCUCGUGACCCCCGCCAUGACUCUGGUCCGCGCAAAGGUGGAGGUCACCAUUCCUCGCAAGAGACGCGGAAGCUGCACCCAGCACGAGAAGGCGCUGGAGAGGUUCUACGAGGCCGUGAUGCAGGCCAUUCUUCGCCACAUCAAUUUCGAUGUUGUAAAGUGCAUCCUCAUCGCCAGUCCCGGGUUCGUGAAGGACCAGUUCAUCAGCUACCUCUUUAGAGAGGCGGUGCGUCAGGACAACAAGAUCCUGCUGGAGAAUCGACCCAAGUUCAUGCCGGUCCACUCGUCAUCUGGUCACAAGUACUCGCUCAAAGAAAUCCUCACUGACCCCAGCGUGACAAGUAGGCUUUCCGACACCAAGGCAGCCGGAGAGGUGAAAGCCCUGGAAGACUUUUACAAGAUGCUCCAGCAUGAGCCCGACCGAGCCUUCUAUGGAGUGGCUCACGUGGAGAAAGCCGUGGAUGCCCUCGCCAUCGACACCUUGUUGAUAAGCGAUAAGCUGUUCAGACAUCAGGACGUCCCCACGAGGAGCCGCUACGUUCGGCUGGUGGACAGCGUGAGGGACAAUGGCGGCACCGUCAGGAUGUUUUCAAGCCUUCAUGUGUCUGGUGAACAACUGACUCAGCUGAGCGGAGUGGCGGCCAUCUUGCGGUUUCCCAUCGCCGACCUGUCGGAGCCCGAGGACGACAGCAGCUCAGACGAGGACUGACGCUGGCCGAUAACACGCGACUGCAUUGACACAGUGCGUUUGUAAAACAAUACAAACCCACCGGGCUAAACUCAAUGCACGCCACCACCGCCACGUUUCCACCUCUACCGCGGCGGAUUCAACGCCGUUUCUGAUUCAAAAUGCCGAUGGAAAUAAUCAAACACUUGUUGCCAAGUCCACAUGAAUGCUGUUGAAGUUUUGAUCGACAGUUGGCAAUAGAGGAUCUUCCUUCCACGUGUAUAUACAAUAUAGCUCUUGCAAUUAAAUGACAGAAUCCUUCA